UUGCGACUCCCUCGGAGGCCAUGGCUGCGCUGCUUUGCGGGCGACCCGUCUUUCGGUCUUGGCUCUGCAGGGGAGCCUUGAAGGGCCCCGGCCGGCUCUACCGCGCUGCGGUGUGCAGCGAGCUCAAGCAGCCCCUGGCCGUGGGCGAGCUGGCCCCACGCCCUGUCCUGCCCCACGAGGUCAGAGUUGAUGUCCAUUUCUGUGGAGUCAACUUUGCUGAUAUAUUGGUCUGCAGUGGUCAGUAUCAGGAGAAGCCCCACCUUCCCUUCACACCUGGAAUGGAGUUUUCUGGAACCAUACUGGAGACAGGCACAGAUGUCAGCACAGUGAAAGAGGGAGAUCGAGUUAUUGGUGUGAGUCACAUAAAUGCUAUGGCUGAAGAAUGCAUCACUGACCAGAAGACCGUGUGGCGGAUUCCAGAGAAUCUCCCCCUGCUAGAAGCUGCUACCUUACCUGUAACUUACGGCACUGCUAUUUUGGCUCUGGAGCAUCGAGCCCGUACCCAGUCUGGAGAAACUGUCUUAGUGACGGCAGCAGCUGGAGCCACAGGCCUUGCGGUGAUAGAUGUGGCCACAAAUGUUCUUCAGGCCAAGGUAAUAGCUGUAGCUGGAAGUGAUGAGAAGUGCAAGCUGGCGAUGCAGAGGGGUGCGCAAUUCAGUGUGAACUACAGCCAGGGCAGCCUGAAGGAGGCCGUGAAGCAGCUGGUGGGCAGCGGUGGAGUGAAUGUGGCCAUCGACAUGGUUGGAGGAGACGUCUUCCUGGAGGCCCUCCGCAGCCUGGCGUGGGAGGGCAGGAUUGUGGUGAUAGGAUUUGCUGGAGGAAAUAUUGCUUCUGUGCCUGCCAACCUGCUGCUCCUGAAGAACAUCUCUGCCAUGGGCCUGUACUGGGGUCGAUACCAGUUCCAGAACUUUCCAGUGUUUUCCAAGAGCCUGAACUCAGCUCUUCAGUAUUACCACCAGGGGCGCAUCCAGCCGUAUGUCGGAAAGGUGUUUAAACUGGAGGAGGUAAAUGAUGCCUUCCUUCAUAUUAUGCAGCGCAAAUCCACAGGAAAGGUGCUUCUCUCUCUCAAAUAAAAUCUCAGCUCAACAGCAAAUUCAGCAUGUCCAAAUCAAAACUCCUCAUCUUUCCCCCAAACCUGACUUGCCUCCUGGGUUUUUAAAGGUGUUGCCAGCUUUCUUACCCAGAUUUAAAACCUUGCAGUUACUUUUGGUUCUGUUUUUUUUAUUGCUUAUAAUUAUUAUGUUUGUAGAGAUUAUUAUCCAAAGUUGGACCCCUUUAAGAGUAAAAAUGCUAUUAGUAAUAUGUCCAAGGCAAACCAGAACAUCACCUUAUUAAAAAUGUAUCGAUCACCUUGUCUGUCAUGCCCACUCCUAAGAUGUCUUUUUCCUCUGUGUCCUCCUUUCCUUUCUGCCUGUCUCUCAUCUGCUAUCUCAGUGCCCCCCCAGAUAGUCUUCCUAUCUUUAAUGCCUGCUGUGUCCUUAUUAUACAGUAUUGCCAUGGUGAUCUUCCCAAACCACAGCUCUGACUGUAUCUUCUCUUAGACAGCUGGCACUGCCUGCACAGUGGGCUCAGACCCCUUAGGCCAGCUCUGCCCUAUAAUGAUGGUUUUUUCCUCUUACUUUCUAGCAUCAUGCUCUCCAGUGCCCCCAGUUCCUAAGCAGGACCCUGCCUUCCUCAUUUUUCUCUUCCCAUGAAGUUUCCUCUGCUUUCAUCUCUGUGAAGUACACGGCUUCCUGACCUCGAGAGCCUCCAUUCCCCAUGUACCUUAAUCCUGAGUCAUAAUCUCUUGUUUGCCUCUUCUACUUCUGUAGCUUCUCUCAGAUAGGUUACAGUCUAACUUGUACCAGAGGGAGCAGCAUGUAUAGUGCAGUGAAUACAAUGAACACGUCUAAAUUCAAGAUGUGAGUGGGAACCUCAGCCCAGACCACUACUGGUCUUUGAGGUGGCUGCUUCAAAGCUCUGCACAUUGUUGUCUCACUGUAGAGUGGCUAGUAGACUAGCAAGUUCCACUGUUAUUGUGGGCAGUACAUGCAGUGAUUGGACUAAGCACCUGGCAGACAGUAAGUGCUCAGCAAGUACUGGUUACUUUCACUGUUUUUCUCCUUUCCCAGGAUUUUGUAAAUUCCUUGAAAGUACAACUACUUUGAUUCACCUUUGUGAAUUUUCAUACCCCCUAAUAUAGUGAGUCACUCUGGGUAAAUAUGCAAUAAAUUGAAUUGAAUUGCCUGCAAAUCUUAAAUUGUGGCAUUAAGUAAAAAAUAUAUUGUCCUGCAAAUAACCCAGAUAUCCAUUGACAAGUAAAUGGAUGAAUGUCGUAUGUAUAUACACUGGAAUGUUAGCCACUUUAAAAAGGAAUAAAGUUCUUAGAUGUGCUACAACA